AUGAGAAAGACAUUUAAAGGUACAGCCCAUUUGGCUAAUCUUCUCCCAACUGGAACAGUUCUCACAUUUCAAAUGUUCUCCCCAGCUUUUACAUAUCAAGGAAAGUGCCCCACCGUUGCCAACCAUACAAUGACAAUAUCUCUUCUAAUUUUUUGCUCUGUUUCCUCUUUCCUUUUAUGCUUCACGGAUAGCAUUCGUGACGAGCGUGGCAAAGUUCGAUACGGCUUGGCCACGUUUAAAGGGUUGUUUGUGCUUGAUGGGUCGUACAAAAUUAGGGUAGAGGACGUAGCAAAAUACAAGCUUACAUUCAUUGAUUUCUUUCAUGCUUUUAUGUCUGUGUUGGUAUUUGGGGCAGUGGCAUUGUUUGAUCAAAAUAUUGUCAACUGUUUUUAUCCCCAGCCAUCAGAAGAAGGGAAACAACUUUUGUUUGCGGUGCCAGUUGGAGUUGGUGUUGUUUGCAGUAUCUUAUUUGUUUUGUUCCCUACCAGACGCCAUGGUAUUGGCUUCCCUCUUUCUCGUAGCUAG